AUGGUGCGCGCUGCAGUGUUCCUGCUGGCGGUAGCACUGUGCCGCGCCGGCACCCUUGAUUCCGAAUUGGGCGUCGGUAAAUCCAUCAACAUAUUUAUGAGAUAUGGCUACCUCAGUAUUUGUAUGCGAGUGGUUCCACGUAAUGACACAGAGUCCUGGGUAUUUCGGGAGCCAACAGUCAGUGUGUUCAGGGACGUGGAAAAGUUCACAGUGGCGCCGAAACCUCGACAUGCGAAGACACUCUUCGACGGCGAUUUUCACAUGGAGUUCUGCGAUAACCUGAAACAGUUGCUGCAGGCGUAUUUCAGAGAUUUCAGCUUCGAGAGAUUAGAGCGGCCAUGGCGAGCGUUCACAGCUGGUUGGCCGACUGAUAUCAUGGCGCGGAAUUUGGGUAUCAACUCCUCUUUUAUCAACGGGGACCACUGCUAUGUACUUGUUAGGGUGUCGAGGUUUCGUGAAACGGCAAAACUAAGCGAUUUACCACCAAAUGUACCGGUGGAGGAUGUGGUAUUCGAUGCCAUACAAGACACCACUAUUGGCGACACGGUGUCUAUAGCAGAUUUCAUCAGAAAAUACGGAUCACAUUAUAUAGCAUCUUACAUAACUGGAAAUUCAUUAUACCAGGUGUUUGUGUUCUCUCGUGGCGUGUACUCCCGGAUCAAAGAGCGUGUUAAGUCGCGGGGCGUGUCAGACAUACCCGCAGCUGAAAUGAACAAUUUCUUCUCCCCGUUAUUCGCGGAACACGUUGGAGCUGUGAAGGUAUUUGUGUUCUCUAGAACCGCAUACUCUAUGAUCAAAGAGAGACUUAAAAGCAAGGGCGUGGCCGAUAUAACUGCUAAAGAGUUGGAAGGAUAUUUCUCGCCAUGGCAGGCCAAGCAUAUUGGCCAGAUCAAGGUGGCGAGUGGAAAUAAAACAGUGGAAAGUUGGGCGAUGAAACGCCUCAGGGUACACUAUUAUAUAUUUUCGUACCCAAGUCUUUUAAAGUUGCACGGAGAGCCGGCGCUUUUAAGAAAUUUAGAUACAUUAUUAGGAAAUGAAGCCUUAUUACAAUUAGAAUUAAAGACAUUAGCGCCUGCUUUUAAAGACGCGCAAAAAAGAAAGUGGUUUGAAGAAGUGAUAGACAAUUAUUUAAAAUUGUGGGAGAGUAAUAUGUGA